CGGCGGGGGCCGGGCAGCCGGGGCACCUAGGGCGGGCAGACAGACAGUCGGCCCGUCUCCGCGGCCCGUUUCCUCUCUCCCUAAAAUCCUUUUUUUUUUUUUUUUUAACCCCCCUCGCUCGCUCUCCUCUUCUCCCCUUCCCCCUCGCUUGCUCCAUCGCGCGCGGCCCGCGCUAAUUACACCCAACCACCCACCAGUGUCCGUGUCCCCCGGGUCUCCCGCCCCCGGGCCCGCGGGGGUGUGUGUGUGUGGGGGGGCUCUCGCCCCGAUGAGGGCCCCGCGCCCGUGAGCGAGUGACCCCAGGGGCGGGCGGCGGAGAAAGCAGGCGGCGAGCGGCCCGCCGAGGCCUAGGCCGCGCGGCCUACGCGGAGGUCGGCGCAGAGGUGAUUCCCAAACCGAUAAAAAAUAUCCCCAUUCCUCUCAGGAGCCCUCAGAGCUCAAGUGUGCCCCUCCCGCCACGCCCAAGCAGUCCUUUUUCGUGCAUUAACAUCCCCUCCCCCCAAAGGAACUAUGGAGGCCGCGCCCGGGACCCCCCCGCCGCCGCCAUCAGAGUCGCCGCCGCCGCCAUCGCCUCCGCCGCCAUCAACGCCUUCGCCUCCUCCGUGUUCCCCCGACGCCUGCCCGGCCACCCCGCACCUCCUCCACCACCGCCUCCCGCUCCCUGACGACAGGGAAGAUGGUGAGUUGGAAGAAGGUGAACUGGAAGAUGACGGGGCCGAGGAGACCCAGGACACCUCUGGAGGGCCCGAGAGGAGCCGGAAGGAGAAGGGGGAGAAGCACCAUAGCGAUUCCGACGACGAGAAGUCUCACAGGAGACUGAAGCGGAAACGGAAGAAAGAGCGGGAGAAGGAGAAGAGGAGGUCGAAGAAGAGGAGGAAAUCCAAGCACAAACGUCACGCUUCCUCCAGCGAUGACUUCUCCGACUUCUCGGAUGACUCGGAUUUCAGCCCCAGCGAGAAAGGGCACCGCAAGUACAGAGAGUACAGCCCCCCGUACGCGCCGUCCCACCAGCAGUACCCUCCGUCACACAAUGCGCCCUUGCCCAAGAAGGCCUACUCCAAGAUGGACAGCAAAGGCUACGGCAUGUACGAAGACUACGAGAACGAGCAGUACGGGGAGUAUGAGGGCGACGAGGAGGAGGACAUGGGCAAGGAGGACUACGAUGACUUCACCAAAGAGCUGAACCAGUACCGGCGCGCCAAGGAGGGCAGCAGCCGGGCCCGAGGCAGCCGAGGCCGCGGCAGGGGCUACCGGGGCCGAGGAAGUCGAGGAGGGUCUCGAGGCCGAGGCAUGGGCAGGGGCAGCCGAGGCAGGGGCAGAGGCUCCGUGGGAGGAGACCACCCGGAGGACGAAGAGGACUUCUACGAGGAGGAGAUGGAAUAUGGAGAAAGUGAGGAGCCAAUGGGAGACGAGGACUACGACGAAUAUUCCAAGGAGCUGAACCAGUACCGCCGGUCCAAGGAUGGCCGAGGACGAGGGUUAAGUCGAGGCCGGGGCCGGGGUUCCCGAGGUCGAGGGAAAGGGAUGGGCCGUGGCCGUGGUCGAGGCGGCAGCCGUGGAGGGAUGAACAAGGGCGGCAUGAACGAUGACGAAGACUUCUAUGACGACGACAUGGGCGACGGCGGCGGAAGCUACCGGAGGAGUGACCAUGACAAGUUCCACCAGCAGUCUGACAAGAAAGGCAAAGCCAUCUGCAAAUACUUCGUGGAAGGGCGGUGCACGUGGGGAGACCACUGUAACUUUAGCCAUGACAUCGAGCUACCAAAGAAGCGAGAGCUGUGCAAGUUUUACAUCACCGGGUUCUGUGCCAGAGCGGAAAACUGCCCCUAUAUGCACGGUGAUUUUCCGUGUAAGUUGUACCACACCACUGGGAACUGCAUCAAUGGCGACGACUGCAUGUUCUCCCACGACCCUCUGACUGAAGAGACGAGAGAGCUCUUGGACAAGAUGUUGGCGGAUGACGCGGAGGCAGGUGCCGAGGACGAGAAGGAGGUGGAGGAACUGAAGAAGCAGGGCAUCAACCCCCUGCCCAAACCGCCCCCCGGCGUGGGCCUCCUGCCCACCCCCCCUCGUCCCCCGGGCCCCCCGGCCCCGACCUCUCCAAACGGCAGGCCCAUGCAGGGCGGGCCCCCGCCCCCCCCCCCGCCCCCGCCCCCUGGGCCCCCUCAGAUGCCCAUGCCAGUGCACGAGCCGCUGUCCCCACAGCAGCUGCAGCAGCAGCAGGACAUGUACAACAAGAAGAUCCCCUCCUUGUUUGAGAUCGUGGUGCGGCCCACAGGACAGCUGGCGGAGAAGCUGGGCGUGAGGUUUCCUGGACCCGGAGGACCCUCUGGGCCAAUGGGCCCCGGGCCCAACAUGGGACCCCCAGGGCCAAUGGGGGGCCCGAUGCACCCUGACAUGCAUCCUGACAUGCAUCCGGACAUGCACCCCGACAUGCAUCCAGACAUGCACCCCGACAUGCCGAUGGGCCCCGGCAUGAACCCUGGCCCGCCCAUGGGACCCGGCGGUCCCCCAAUGAUGCCCUAUGGUCCCGGAGACUCCCCACAUUCUGGAAUGAUGCCCCCCAUCCCGCCAGCCCAGAACUUCUAUGAAAACUUUUACCAGCAGCAGGAGGGCAUGGAAAUGGAGCCGGGACUCGUCGGAGACGCAGAGGACUACGGGCACUACGAAGAGCUGCCGGGGGAGCCUGGGGAGCACCUCUUCCCCGAGCACCCUCUGGAGCCCGACAGCUUCUCUGAGGGAGGGCCCCCAGGCCGGCCGAAGCCGGGCGCCGGUGUCCCCGACUUCCUGCCCUCGGCCCAGAGGGCCCUGUACCUGAGGAUCCAGCAGAAGCAGCAGGAGGAGGAGGAGAGAGCAAGGAGGCUGGCUGAGAGCAGCAAGCAGGACCGAGAGAAUGAGGAAGGUGACACUGGAAACUGGUACUCGAGUGACGAGGACGAAGGUGGGAGCAGCGUCACCUCCAUCCUCAAGACCCUGAGGCAGCAGACGUCUAGCCGACCCCAGGUGUCCCUGGGAGACCUGAACAACAGCGGGCUUGGGGACCCCCGCCUUCAGAAGGGACACCCCACGGGAGGCCGGCUGGCUGACCCCCGCCUCAGCCGGGACCCUAGACUCACCCGCCACGCAGAGGCUUCUGGUGGUUCGGGCCCAGGUGACACUGGGCUCUCUGACCCUCGUCUGGCUCGCUCCCUGCCCACCUCCAAGCCCGAAGGCGGCCUUCAUUCCAGCCCCACAGGCCCUAGCGGCUCCAAGGGGUCUGGGCCACCCCCUACAGAAGAAGAGGAAGGGGAACGGGCCCUGCGGGAGAAGGCCGUAAACAUUCCCCUGGACCCCCUCCCCGGGCACCCGCUUCGGGACCCGAGAUCGCAGCUGCAGCAGUUCAGCCACAUCAAGAAGGAUGUGACCCUGAGCAAGCCGAGCUUCGCCCGCACUGUGCUCUGGAACCCUGAGGACCUGAUCCCCCUGCCCAUCCCCAAGCAGGACUCGGUGCCCCCCGUCCCCGCCGCCCUGCAGUCCAUGCCUGCCCUGGAUCCCAGGCUGCACCGGGCCACCACCACAGGACCCCCCAACCCCCGGCCGCGCCCCGGCGCCUCCACAGACCCUGGCACAUCUGGCUCCACCCUGCCUGACUUUGAGCUCCUCUCCCGAAUCCUCAAGACUGUCAAUGCCACCGGCCCCUCGGCGGCCCCCAGCCCCAGCGACAAGCCCAGUGACCCCCGGGUGCGGAAGGCCCCUACCGACCCUCGGCUGCAGAAACCAGCAGACUCUGCUGCCGCCUCCCGUGCUGCCAAGCCUGGCCCCACCGAAGCGCCCUGUCCUUCUGCCAGCCCCAGUGGGGAGUCCUCGCCCCCAGCCACCGCCCCCUACGACCCCCGCGUGUUGGCGGCCGGGGGGCUGGGCCAGGGCAGCGCAAGCGGGCAGAGCAGCGUGCUGAGCGGCAUCAGCCUCUACGACCCCAGGACUCCCCAUGCGGGUGGCAAAGCCUCGGAGCCGGCUGCCGACUCGGGUGCCCAGCCCAAGGGCCCUGAGGGCAACGGCAGGAGCUCGGCCGCCAAGGCCAAGGAGCCCCCGUUCGUCCGCAGGUCAGCCCUGGAACAGCCCGAGUCAGGGAAGGCCGGCGCAGAUGGGGGCGCGGCCGCGGCCACGGACAGAUACAACAGUUACAACCGGCCCCGGCCCAAGGCCGCCGCGGCCCCCGCCGCCGCGGGCACCCCGCCCCCAGAGGGCGCCACGCCCCAGCCCGGGGUGCACAACCUGCCCGUGCCCACCCUCUUCGGGACCGUGAAACAGGCGCCCAAGACGGGCUCCGGAAGUCCGUUCGCUGGCAACAGCCCAGCCCGGGAGGGCGAGCAGGACGCGGGGUCCCUGAAAGAUGUGUUUAAAGGCUUCGACCCCACCGCCUCCCCCUUCUGCCAGUAGUGUUAGCUGGAGCCGGGCGCUCCCCGCACCCACCCUUCUGGGGUUAUAUUUAAGGGCGGCGACCAGAGUUGGGAACUGGGGGGGGGGGGGGGGCUCUGGGUGUUCUUUCUUUUAUUUUUACCUCUUUUUUUCUUUCUUUGUCUCUCUUUUUUUUUAAGUAGUACUUUCUUUGACACAUAAAUUGUAUAUAACCAUCUUCAGUUCUGGUCAGUGCUGUGGGGCCCCCGGGCCCCCGCCGAGAAGACUCCUGUGCACGUGAACAGUGUGAAGCCCUUGGGCCUCGGCCCCAGCUGGCACUCCGCCUGGCCAGGCCCGAUUUUCAGGGACUCCCUGAAAGCUGGGGCCCCAGUCUGGUGGCUGGGGGUCCGGUGGCUUUUCUAGGCAAAGCUGGGCCCCUCCUGCUCCCCCCGCCCCCCAAGGACAAAGAGAACAGUAGGCGUCCAGGAGGCCUGCUGAAGGCUGCUCGCCGUGUUGCCUGAGCGAGGAGAGGUGGAGCCAAGACGGUGGGCAGGACCCGCGUGGCGGCAGGUCCAGGCCCUUCUAGAAGCCCGUCUUCUGCAGUGCGCAGGCUGUGAUGACCAGCUUCCGGGGGUCAGUGGACGUGGAAAAGUAUGGAAGAAAGAAAGAGGAAAGGAGCCCUUGGGAGCUGCCUGGGCUGGAAGAAAAGCCCUUUCCCACUGCUGCCUCCCGUGUGGAUUCACACCCGGGCCUCUCGCCGUCCUCCGUCCAGAGUUCAUCCUGAAACCCGCACCCUCCAGCCCACGUCAGGUGACUCCAGGAUGAGAGAUGGACCUGGAGGUGGCAGGGCUGGUGUGGGCGCGUUCCCCAAGAGCUGCCUCCAAGAGGCAGACCGUGUGUUCUCUGUCAGUAUUAGCUCCUGUCCUGUCCUGUCGCGGCCACGCCCUCCUCCCCUCACGCCGGGGCCUGUCCUGGUCCUCAGAAGUCAGAGUGCCCAGUGUGCCGGCCCCGGCCCCUGUGGGGACAGCUCAAGGAUCCGUGGCGUGGCCGCUCCGCCAGACCCCCUCUGUCGGGAGCUCUGGGUGGUUCCUGGCAAAGUGUCUCCGCUCUCUCUGCACCUCCUCGCGAGGAAUCUUUAGGGCCUAUGGUUUUGGUGUGUGGGUUUUUUUCUUAGAAGCCGACUGGUGUUUGGGUUCAGAGAUGUGUCACUGUGUUGGAUAUGUGGACACUUCCAGAAUGGGGCCUGGGGAAAGGGCGAGAGACUAGCCGCGGCAGGGUGGUGGGUUGCUGGGCUCUCUCCAGGAGACGGACCAGGACCCCCUUGGGGGGAGGGUGGGGUGUGGAACCAAAACCUACAUCCUGCUCCCCUUCUCGGGCUGAGCCGGCAAGAGACCAGAGGCUUCUGCCCUGGGCUCCCUGCACCGCCCCCAGGACCCUGGCUGAGGUCCAGCUUGCCCACAGCUGCAGAGCAGGCCCACCCUGUGGGCGUGGCUGUCACCAGGGUCCUUCCCACCUGUGUGUCAGGACUUGCUGGCUGUCUCCUGCCUUUUCCUCCUUGUCGCACCCCUCACUUAAGGCCCCUGUCUGUUCCUUGCUAAUGAUGCGGAAACCUGGUGACCAGCCAGCCACAGGGUUCCCCACUCACCUUCUGGAGGUGAGAGGCGAACGAGGCUCGUAUUCCAAAGCCCCCUUCCCCGGAAAACAAAUAGUCGUUAAGUUUGGGGCCAUAGUAAGAGUGGGAGAGGCAGCCCCACAGCCACAGGGUCAGCACCCGUGAUCAGGUCGGUUUGGUUUGUCUUUGUGUCUUUUUUGUUUUGUUGUUUUAAACAAUCAUUAGUGAGAUUUUCCGUCAGCCACCAGUGUUGGCCUUGAAGCAGAGGGCCGCAGCCCUUGGUGUUGGUAAAAUAAGAAUACACAGUGUGGCUGUGUUUUUUUGUUUUUGUUUUUCCCUCCUUUGAGAAUUUUCUUUUGUAAAAGCAGAAUUAAAUACUUUUUUUAAACCGAAAUCUGUGGAUGAAAUAGAAGCUGGAGCCCUCCUCUUGGAAAUUCAGCCUAAGAACCUCAUGGGACUAUGAAUUCACCCGAAAUUUUCAUUUGCCAUCAGGCCGAGCUUUUAAAGAAAAAUUGUUCUCUAACCAGGAUUGUAACAAAAGUGUAAAUACUAUUUCCGAGUUGAAAGUUGAUGGUGCAAAUAUGUAUAUAACGUACUGUAUUUUUACAAUGAUCGUCGCAUGACUCUCUUCCACCCCCCUUUUUGUACUCCAUAUCUGUCUUCCAGAAAUAUCACCUGACCUUUCUCCUGUGGUCUCUUAAUCCAAUAAUUGUAUUACUGCCAUUAAAGGAUGCAGUUAUUUUAAAAAGCC